AUGGAGGGACUCUUCACUUUGCUCGCUUUGAGCAUUGUGAUGGCAGUGACAUCCUUCGUCGUUGGCUCAUUACCGCUUGCAUUUGCGCUUUCUCCUUCUCAGCUGAGAUUAAUAUCAUCGAUUGGCAUGGGAGUUUUGGUCGGGACGUCUUUGAUUGUGAUUAUUCCGGAGGGAGUCGAAACACUUUAUAGCGCAACAACAUCACCGAGUAAUCGGAAAGCCAUCAGUACUCGUGCGACAGUUACAUGGCAGCACCAAGAUAUGCCGGCUGUGGUUUCAACAAAGAUCCCACUUGCAGAUAUUCCGGGGCUUUCAUCCGCAUCUAUAGCCUCGCCCGCAGAUUUAUCUUCGAACGAUGAGACGGUGCAUGUCGCACGCGAUGCGCAACCACCAUUGCAGACAAGGAAAGAAAAGACUACAGACGAGAAGGAAACUGAGCAUCAUGAAGAAGAAAGCUCCCCCCAUGCCUGGAUUGGCAUUGCACUUGUCAGUGGAUUUAUCCUGAUGUAUCUUGUCGACAAACUCCCGGAGUUUGCAUCUUCUUCCAAACACCAAAGGCCGCCGUACCAUAUUUCUCUGGACAACCUGGGUUCUGGUUUGCGACGAAACUCUUCGCCUUCCCGGGAUGGGGGCUUGCUAGAUGCUGCCAAUACCCCCAGACGCAGCCAUAGCUUUGCUACCACCACUGGCCUUGUGAUCCAUGCCGCUGCUGACGGAAUUGCGUUGGGGGCGUCCAGUUCCGAUACCGGCUUGAGUUUCAUUAUAUUUUUCGCUAUUAUGGUCCACAAAGCACCGGCAUCCUUCGGGCUUACGUCCGUCCUGCUUAAGCAGGGUCUAUCUAGUCGUGCUGCGAGAACCCACCUGCUGGUCUUCAGUCUGGCAGCUCCUUUGGGCGCCUUGGCCACCUUUUUAUUCGUACAAAUUAUGGGAGCGGGAGGCAGCGUUGACGAGGUAGGGACUCGAUGGCGGACCGGGAUGCUUCUAUUGUUCUCUGGCGGCACUUUCUUGUAUGUUGCGAUGCAUACCAUGCAAGAAAACAGCCCCAACUCGGCGUCGCGUGAAAUAACCGUGAACGGAUACGGAGACCCGAGGGAUACUACAUCCAAGUCGGACAAGUCAAUGAGAGACUUGAUCGCCUCUGUUAUUGGCAUGGUCUUGCCGCUGUUUCUGCAGAUCGGCCAUGCUCACUGA